GAAAAAAACGGAAAUGAUGAUUCAGGAAAUUUUAUCAUAAAACCUUGUAGUGUAUAAUGUACAUACACUUUCAUUAUUUCCAUGUCAUGAUGAUGAUCAUUAUCAUCAACAUUGCAAUUAUUUUCAUCAUUCACAGUAAACCUACUUUAUCCACAAUAAUAGCAUAAUCAGUUUUACCUGUUUAACUCGAGGUGCACCAACGGUUUGUUUACUUGUCUAUUAAUAUCAAAAGAUAGAUCAAUGUCUAAAAUGAGAUUAUUCCCAUAUUUAGCUUAAACAGUUGAUUUAUCUGACACCAAUUUACCCUUGGUCACAAAAAUUAAGUUCACCAAGAGCAAAGGCUUCUCCUUGCUCAGCCAUCUUCAACUGUCAGUUUAAAUAUAAUCAGUUCAAUCAUCUUUCUCUUUUAAUAAAAUCAAAUACUAAAUCUGGUUGUUGAAACAAAAGUUGGAUCACAGAUAUUAUUAUUGUAUCAGGUGAUCAAGUGUCCGAUGAUGAUAUUGUAGGCGUAUUAGAGCCAGUUUCAACGGCUAGAUUAAGUUGCCGCAAAUCACAGUAAAAAUGUCAAGCAACAGAUGAAACUUGCAUCUCAACCUAACGCCUAAAAUAAGGUGUCGUCUUAUCAUCGUCUUUUGACUCAACGCGAGGCGGAUUUACAAGAUUACUUCAGUAGCUUAAUUUUGGGUUGUUUAUUUGUUUAACAGAUGUAUCUUUCAGUUGCUAUUAGUAUGACUUUGAUACAUACUUGAAUUUUCCUAUUAGAUAAGAUUAGAUGAAGAUGGAAAUGAUUAGAAACAAAAGAGUAAAGAUUGAGUGAACGUUUUGAAAUAUUAACAGCAUAUGAUUGUUAAUAUACCGACAUUUUACCCGAAUCACAUCAUUUGGGUGAUCACUAGAUAAUUUCACCAUUACUGAGGCUGAUUGGCACUAAAAUGAAUUUCAAUUAAACACAGGAAUUUCCACUUUGCUUACCGUCUAUACCUUUUAAGAACCUAAUGAAUCUCUAACCCUAAUUUGGUUAACUCUUAAUUAUAGGACGACCAAAUAAUAGUUUAAUAUGAUGAAUAAAAUAAUUGAUUUAACAAAAAAGGUAAAGUUUUGCACUUAAGUGUUUUUACAACUUCCAUUUCUCAUCAUUAACUGUUGAUUGAUUAUAAACUGUUGUCAAUUGCUGUUUAAUUCCAGUUGAAUGAAUAAUUUUGUGAUUUAUACUGUUGAUUUUAAUACUUAGUACUUUUCAACUCAAUGAUGAAUAAACUUUUUACAAUAUCGUUUUUGUUUCUUUACUUGAUUUGUGAGGCAACUCUUGGUAAUUCUGUGGUAUUAGCUUCUAUUUUAUAUGCUUUCAUUGUGUUUAUAGUUAUCUGCAUUACUAUUGCUAUUCUUAUGUCUACUAAGCAACGAAACGAUAACUCUCAAAAGAACUAUAAUACAAAUUAUAGACAGCCUCAACUAGUGAACGCUCUGGGAAGCAUUCAAAAUUGUGAAUCAAUAGCCAGUAAUUUGCAUAGUGAAUUAAAUGCAUUCAAAGGGAAAGCAAUGAAUGAAAGUGAAGCCAUGUUCAUUGAAAUACUCAAUAAAACCUAUUUGGCUUGUGACUGGAUGAGUCAGCAGGUCCAUUCGUAUUUCAGUACCAUCGAUGAAUUGGAAAAUAGAACAACGAAUGAAAUAAUUGAAAGGAACAACAUGACCAGUGCAUUGCAUGAGCUAAAAUCUGGAUUGAAUGAACACUAUUCCCAAUUUAAAAGCGAAUGUACGUUAAAGGAUCAGAAGAUAAUGCUACAACGGUAUAAUCGCACUCUAGCUAAGAUUGACUACUUAUUUUAUGCUAUUGAUUACUGUUAUAAUAACAAGAUAAAAGGGCUGAUACGCGCUCGAUCAUCUUUGAAACAUGUUCUUGAAGCAAUAAACAACUUGAUAUCAACUCAUUCGAAUUGGCUGGCUAGUGUGAUGAAAGACUGGAAGACUGGUGAGUUUGAUAUUUGCUACAGUGAACCAGGAUUAAACAAAACUGAAACCAUGACCAAAGUUCUCAAUGAAAAGUUGGUUGAUUAUAAAAUGACGUAUAAACAAUGGCAACAUUACUUUCUUCAAGAGAUGUCUUUUCUUGAUUGGAGUCACUGCCGAGGUUUUUUGGCGCAAUUGGAUCAAAUUAAACAAGAUGUGGAUUCUGUUAAACGUGAAAUAACACAAUCAUGUUAAAAAUGAGAAAAUGAGAAAACCUAAUUUCUGAUACAAUCCUUUUAUUUUGAGCAUUUAUUAUAAGUUAAAUAUAUUCCACAAUUCACUAAUUGUAAGCUCUUUAUUGUUGGUCAUCAUAUGUUUGACCAGAAUAAAAGUGUCUUUUAAAAAGAAGAAAAUGAAAAAUAAAACCCGGAAAAAAGUAACUGACCUUUAAGAGAAACAUUCACCUGACCAUCGAAAGAAUGACCAUCCAUCUUGAGAGGAAAGUUGACCGUAUUGAAAAAAGUAGGGUCAAAAGUGACCUUAAUUUACAUUACAAUUUGAAUUGAACUUCAAGUCUUGUCUAACCAAGUUCAAUAACCAGUAACAGUAACUGUAACUUUCUCUUUCUGGUUUACAUUUGUUUAUUAGAGCGAUGAUUACAAUUCAAAUUAAACUUUACUUUGGGUUAAAUGGGACCAAAAAUGGCAUUAAAGGUGUUAACUGAAUGAGUUAUUGAAUAGUGAUUAAACAAUUGUCCAUUCAUAACUACCAUUGGAGCAAAAAGUCGUUGUUUGCCCUUAAAAUAGACUGAUUACAUUAUUUCAACUGAAAAUUGAAUAGUGAAAGUUGAACCUUUAAG